AUAAAAAUUAAAAUUACCUUCUGCUUAAUGUAAUAAAACUAAAUGUGCCAUGAUGUUAAGCACAGUGAAUAGGAAGUUUUUGAUUUCGUGCUGUAAAACAUAUCGGAGUGUGUCCUCAACAAAAUGUUUCUUGAGCCUAGAAACAAAAAACAAAUAUUCUGAUAGUGAAAAAUUGAAAAUUCUACACACUGUUAACAAUAGUGAUUCAGAAAGUUUAUCUAGGUAUGAUGUCGCUAAAUCUAGGAUAAGAAAACUAUCUGAAUGGAUGAAAAAAUAUGGAAAACUAACUGACAUAUCUGAAUUAGAGAAUGUUGAUGGUUUUACAGAAAAAACUGUAGAGAAAUUCUACAAAAGUAUUUUGGAUGGACCAAAGAAUGUAGUGAAUAAAAUAAAAGGCCAAAUUUUACAUCCAACUUUAUCAGAAAGUGUUAGACAGAACUGCAGAUCGGUGUUGUCAGUGUAUGUGACUGUAAAUUCAGUUUGUUGGACUCUAAUUGACAAAGCAAAUUAUGAACUUCUCGAGUGGAAGUACCAUGGCAUUGUAUAUCCUGAGGGAAAGAGGCUACAGAUCAACGAAAUAUUGGAUAUUGCAUGGCAAAUAACCACAAAGUUACCGGAAGCUGACAUUUACGUAAUGAAAGCAGAGUCAACUAGUCUCCGUGCUGCGGGCAGUGAUCCUAACAAUCCAAAAGUUCUUACUGUCAACUUGCAGAAGGCUCAAAUGAUUGCCAUGAUGAUUGCUUUGAUUAAUACCAGGAAUAUUAAUGUAAAUAGGGCUAAUGGAGAGAAUACGGAUAAAUUAAAUCAGAAAAUAUAUUUUCUGAGGUCAACAUUGCCUUACAGAUUGUAUGGAACAUUGGUGGGUAAUGAAAGAGUGUCAACAGAUCAAACAGUAGAAAUGCUUUUGGAAGAUGCGAAGAAAAUUUGUCCCAACAAUUCACACGUAUACGUCGAUGAUAGUUUAAUUUCGAUGUUUCGUUCACAAAAAGAGUUACAAAAGGACAUGUUGGGACAUUCUUUAUUAUUAGCUUUGACAUUUAUGGACAUAUGUAUUUAUAUGAACCAGAAGAGUAUCGCUAAAUUGUCAAAAAACGGAGAAAAAUGAUGGAAAA